CCGAAAUAGAUUGCGCUGCGCACGCGCACGGCUCGCACCGCACUCCUGCGCCGCGCCGUUCAAAACAAGGAUCCAUGGAUCAUUCUCCUAAGAAUUUUAUAAGUGCUCCGAUCAUCUGAGAUGGAUUAGUGAUUUUUUUUGAAAGUGAAUGAAUUUUUAUUAAUUUUUUUUGGUUGACUAUUCAGUGAUAAUGAGGUUGUGUUUUGCUGUGUGUCUGUUCGUCUGUGUGACCUUGUGUCCAGAUGUACAUGGAUACCUUGGAGAUGAUAUGGCGGAGACCAUCCAGAUAUGCUGCAAUGAGGGGGCAGUGUACGCCUGGAAUCAUACCCUCAGCGACUGUCAGGGAACGCUGACAGUUCCACCUGAGAUUCCAUCUGCCUUUGGAUCCAUGUGUCUCCUGGCGAAAGCACAAUGCUGCAAGGAAUAUUUCAAAAAACAGAGUGACUGUGAGACAGGUAUCGAUAUAGCGACCAGCACCUACAGUUGUGACAAUACUAAAUCGAUUAGUAAGAUAUGCUGCAACGACUGUUCAAGAGGGACGACGGAGGGCUCUACAAAGGGCCCAGAGGCUUGCAAAGAGAGGAAACAUGGCAUGAAUGCUGAGGAAUUACUAGCUGAAGACGCAUUUAUUACUUGUUGUAAGAAAGCGGCUAAAGACUGGAAAGGUGACUCAUCUUCAAGAAGUUCAAACUCUAUUACACUAUCUACGCUACCAUCACUUUGUGAAGACUACGCUCCAAACGAGUUAUGCGCUCACCAUUGCAUACCAGUGCCAGGGUCGUACAAAUGUGAAUGCAACCCUGGGUUCAUGUUGAUGGCUGAUGGAAGAAACUGUAAAGAGGUGACUAAGAACAGAUGUAAGCCCCAUAACCCCUGCCAGCACAAGUGCAACGAUAAUGGGGUCGAAGUGAAAUGCUCCUGCAGAAGAGGAUACGAGCUGAUGCCUGAUGGAACCUCAUGUCAAGACAUAGACGAGUGCCAACUGGACGUGCCAGUCUGUCUAGCCGGCACCCAUUGCCAGAACCUUCAGGGCUCCUACAGGUGUAUCUCUGGCAAGAAGAACAAUGCUGAGAAGGGACAAUGUCCACCUGGUUUUGCUAGAAACCUCAACAAUAAUGUCUGUGAUGAUAUAAAUGAGUGUCUUCUCCCGAACCCGCCAUGCCCUAAAUACGUAUGUGAGAACACAAUAGGAGGUUACAGCUGUGGUGGAGUGACUGGAAAUCCUGAAAACCUGAGCACAUCUCCUCGGACUCACGUCGAAGAUCGAUGCCCACCAGGAUUUAAAGUUGGUCUUCAUGAGGAGUGCGAAGAUGUCGAUGAAUGUGCUCUUCGUAAAGAUGACUGCAAUCCGCUGUCUCAGUUCUGUAUCAACACGCACAGUUCCUUUUACUGCCAGGAUAAGGUCUCCAAGCAUUGUCCUCCUGGGUUCAAGCUGGAUCCCAAGACUAAUAAGUGCGAAGACAUUGAUGAAUGUGAAGAAGGAGGUGUCAACUGUGGUCCUGACCAAGUCUGCGUCAAUCAAUUAGGAAGAUACGACUGCAAAGCUAAAGAUGAUCCUAGCAAAACAAGAUGUCCAGAUGGUAUGAGAAUGAGCGCAAUUACUCAUCAUUGUGAAGAUGUCGAUGAAUGUGUAGAAGGGACCCACAUUUGUGACCAGCAUCAGCAAUGUUUAAACACGAACGGUAGCUACGACUGUUACUGCAAGUUGGGAUAUGAACUGGAUAUCACUACUGGAGCUUGUGUUGACGUGAACGAGUGCGCAACAGGCCAACACGACUGUAUCCCACAGGCCCAGCGGUGCGACAACACGGUUGGCUCCUACCUGUGUAUUAGAAUCACUUCCUGUGGAACUGGAUACGUUCUCCAUCAUUCCACUGGGCAAUGUGAAGAUAUCGAUGAGUGCGGUCUAGGCACCGACAACUGUGGCCCAGACUACCAUUGCUUCAACCUCCGUGGUUCAUUCCGAUGUGUACGCAAACGUACCACCACCACAUCCACCACGCCCGCGCCAGAAUAUGAAUACGAGUACUAUGAUUCAGAGGAAGAAACAGAUGCCAACAACACUAAACCACAAGAACCAUCAACUACAACGACUCAAACACCAAAGCCAGUGCCGCCACCUACAUCGAGUACAACCACAGAAAAACCAGUAGAGCCUGAACCGAGAAUCGAAGACAACAACGUAGAACCACCUCCCUAUAACAUACCAGAUGUAUAUAAAAAUGAAGCAAGUAGUCCUAAAUAUGAAACACAACCAACAACUAUACCAGCACCAUCAACAACAUCAGAACCACCAACAACGGUACCUCAGCAACCAGAAACGGAACCUACAGAAGAACCAAGACAACCAGAAGUGACCUUUAACCGUCCUACACCACCCGAAUACAUUCCUGAAGCAGAAUUACCGAAACCAACAGAGGAACCUCAUCGGCAACCAGAACCCACAUAUCCUCCAAGAGUAGAAGAACCUACAAAUGAAUCUUUACCCCCAGUAGAACCAGAAACUACGUAUAGACCUACUGAAGAAUCACGGAUUUCACCGCCCUAUCAGGUAGUUGUAAGUGUGGGUAAAGAAACUGCCACUCUUCCUGCAGAGAAGAACGAUGAUGGGUCAUAUGUAAUUGACACUCAACAGGUCCCUAAAAAUCAAUGGACUAAAGUAAACGUGCCUAACAGCUGUGCACCCGGCUUCGAACCUGACGAAUAUGGAGCUUGCUUUGAUAUCGACGAGUGCGCGACAAACCGUCACAGCUGUUCCGGUCUAACAGAAGUAUGUAAGAACACCAUUGGAGGCUACACAUGUAACUGCGCCCCAGGGUUCAGACGCGACCUGAUCACCAAGUCCUGUGAAUUCGUUACCACCUCAUCUUCUACCACUACUACUCCCGCGUCUCAUGUACCUUCAUCUACAAAGCGUUCCUUCUUUUGGGGAUAUCCAGAGUAUCGUGUCACUGCAAGACCUUUCCGUCCAAGAAACCUCUGCGAUGCAGGAUUCCACCACAACUCUAAGACUGGCGAGUGUGAAGAUAUAAACGAAUGCACAAACGGACAAGCGAACUGUGCUGCAGUGGAGAUCUGUAUCAACACUCCUGGAGGGUACCGGUGUGAGUGUCCUCCCAACUGGAGACUGGAUGAGGUCAGGCAUCGAUGUGUGCCGUUGAAAAACAAUGGGCAGUUCCCAACUGGAUAUGGAAAUGAACCUGUGUACCCAUCGAUACCUCCAAACAACGUGCCUACAACUGGCACUAAAUACGUGGACCCUGAGAUAACACAGGUGGAUGACCGUGGCUCUGUGUUCAGGUGUCCAAAUGGGUAUACACUUGGAGAUGAAAAUACCUGCGUUGAUGUCAAUGAAUGUCUCACCGGGGAAGCGAAAUGUGGACCUCAGCAGAUUUGUACUAAUCUUCCUGGAGGAUAUUCCUGCAACUGCCCUCAUGGACAUCGCCUGGUCAGAGACCAUGAGUGUGAAGAUGUGGACGAAUGUGCGCUGGCUGGAAAUUUGCCCGUCUGCUCUCAAAACGCGGAUUGUGUGAACACAAUUGGUUCAUAUCAAUGUAAAUGUCAUGUUGGAUUCAGAUCUGCACCGGUUAACGAUAAGGUUUGUGUGGACGUAGACGAGUGCAUGGAAUCCCGGCCAGGAUCCCUUUGCCAGCACAGGUGCAACAACGUUUGGGGCUCUUACAGAUGUGCUUGUCACAGAGGAUAUAGGCUCAACCCUGAUAACAGCACAUGUUCAGAUGUCGAUGAGUGCACAGAAUUCAGGUCGAAAAUCCCAUGUGUGGGACGCUGCCUUAAUGAGCCGGGAAGCUACCGCUGUGCCUGUCCCUCAGGGUACCGGUUAUCAGAAGACAAGAGAAGCUGUGUUGAUAUUGAUGAGUGCGAGACAGGCGAGGCUCUUUGCGCGAAAGGUUCCUUCUCUGCCACGUCCAGUGACGUAUGUGUCAACACACGUGGCAGUUACCGCUGUCAGCAUAUCUCUUGUCCCGUUGGAUACCAGCUUGAAAACAAGCAUCGCUGUAACAAAGUGGAGCGAGUCUGUCAGCCGGGAGACUGGAACUGCGCUCAUCAGCCCACCACCAUAUCCUAUAACUUCAUCACAUUUGUGUCUAACCUUUACAUACCCGACACCAAGUUAAAACUGUUCACAAUGCGAGGCCCUGUCUGGCCGUACGUUAAAAUGCGGUUUGAGCUGAAGCUGAUCAAUGUGAACGCACCACCCAGCGUCAAGAGAAAAGCUGAGAUACACGACUUUUUAUUAACACAAAACAAUAACGAAGGUCUGACGUCACUUGUUCGACCGCUAGAAGGACCACAGAGUAUAGAACUGGAAAUGUCAAUGGAGCUUUAUACCCACGAGCAAUUUGGAGGCACGGCCGUCGCCAAACUCUUUAUUUACGUCAGCGAGUACGAAUUUUAAAUAAAAAAAAAACUGGCAAGCAAUAAUAUUAUAAGAAAAAAAAGGAGUAAAUAGGUUACAUAAACAACAUUCUAAUUUCAAAAAUGGCUAGCGAUUGCACAUUUUUAAUAAAUAACUCAUAUGGUUAGAUGUCAAAGCGGGAUGGCAUGAUUCGAUAAUCGCGAGUGAAAAAGAGACAAAUAUGUAAAAGUG